GUGAAGUACAGUGAAAAGGUUUUGCAUAGAAUCGGUUUAAGUACAGAUUGAAAAACUGUAAAAUGUUUCGUCUCCUUUUUUUGUCAUUGUUGCCAUUCGUCUCUGGUGAAUAUAUUUCCGGUCAUCGUUUGGAUGCCCUGAACUUACAGACUUUCAAGGACAUAGGAGCACGGUCUUGUUGCAAAGAAUGUGCAGCUCACGGAGGCUGUCAUUCUGUGAAUUACAAUGUUCAGACUUUUUCUUGUGAGUUGACUUAUCACGUCGCUGAAUUGAAAGCAAAGACUGCGAACGCUGACUAUAUCUAUAUGGACAAAUCCUACUGCGAUUCAUUGGUUGCUUCUUGCUCGAAUUUUUGUAACCUUACGUGUACGACAAAUCAAAAAUGCGUUCUUCUCAACACCAAUCAACCUAUGUGUAUAGCCACAGGAUGUGACCAUCCUAGUUCUAUACCAGGCAUUACUCCUAGGGACGUGGGAAUGAAUAUUGGCAGUGUGUAUUGGUUUGAUUGCACGACACCUACGCCCAGCAAACAGAAAUUUACAUGUGAUGCAAGUGGACAAUGGAUACCAACAUUCAGCGAAUGCCGUGAGUGUUUAGUGUCUUCAUGACAACGUUUGACUACAUGUAUAAGUCUUGGACAAAGAAUUUUCAAUUUUUGUUUAAAUAUUCAGUAUCUAGUAUUUCAAAAUUUAAAAACGAUUCAGAUUUAAUUGUCUUGCCCGUUUUUGGACAG